UUUUCUCUUGGAAUUACCAAGCUUGUGGGUGGGUUUGUGACUCGUGUAAUUUCAGGUGGACCAUCAAACGUUAAUUAUCUCUUUUUACACGCAUUUGGAUUUUGAGUUCAUAAUUAAUUCCAGUAACGCUUCAAUUGUAAGGCAAUGAGAGAUUGAAUUCAGAUUGAUUGGGCGAUCACCAUUCAGUGACACCAUUUGAUGGGACUGGAAAGCUGGCAACGCUGUUUCUAAUCCACCAACUGCUUAAUAUCAUUCAGUACCGGUAUCGACUUUCAAGAUGCCACGAAGCAGGGCAGGAGGAAGGCCUAGAGUCUCCAAAGAUGACUUGGCACUUGCUGUCAAGUUGGUUGUCACCGAUGGAUUCUCCAUUAGGGCAGCAGCCAAGCAGUGUUCAGUGUCUCGUACCACUCUUCAAAGACAUGUUGACUUCCACCAGUCUGAAAAUCUAGAUGAGGCUUCAAUGAAAAUGUCUGAGAAAAAUACUCUCAGUGGAAAGGAUUCAUUCCUAACCUGCUCUGAAGAUCUGUUUGAAGGAUUCAUUCGUGAGCGUCUUAAUACAUCUGGUGGUGACGAUGCUGACGAAUGCAUGGAUACGGAUCAACCGACAGGAAACAAUGAGUUGGAAGUCAUCGCUGGAGAAGAGGAAUCAUCUCUUGUUGACAGUCCUGCACCAAUCAAAGGCUCUUCCGACAUAGAUGAAGGAAACAGUACUGAUAACGGGGAAUCAGUUGAUGAUGAUGAUUCUUCCAAUAUAAAAGCUGCUUCAUCUACGAAAACGAUUACUGUUUCACGAGAAAAGUUCAAUCAUAGAAGCUAUUCCAACAAAAAGUCCAAUGCAGAUGUAGUUCAAAGCAAGCCAAUCAGCGUUGAGCAACUGCCAGUCACCGAAGUAAUUUCUCAAAAAAAUGACAAUGGGUCAACGAAAGCAAUUUUGGUUAAAUCACCUGUUUCUGACAGUGGACACCCGUCGAAUGCCAAUGAAGUAGUUUUGAGCAGUGGUAAAAAACUAUUAAUAGUUCCACAAAAAAACGUAUUAUGCAAUGGCGAUGUAUCUAAAAGAAAACAAAUUGAAAUUUCUAAAGAAGACAAUACAGUACCAGUGAAGAGACAGAGGUGUAUACUACCAAAGCUGUAUACCCAAGGCUCUGAUCGAAAAUCGCUCAAUAUUUCUGGCAUAUCAUCAUUGUUGUCUGGAUCAUUCAAUGAACCAGUCUCUGAGAAAUUGGAAGUGAAUGUAAGAGCCAGUUCUCAUGAUUCGAAAAUAAAUUCAGGCUCAGUCAAAAAUUUGGUUGAAGUAUCAUCCGAUGGAAAAGAGCUUUUCGUAGUCACCUCUCAACCAGAGGCAUUCAAUUUCAAGAAACCGCUUCAGUUAAACGGGAAAAAAGCUCUUGUUGGUAGAAAACUUGUAACUUUGAUGCAAGGCUCUGAUAAUAAACGAAUUUUUAUCCAGAGCAGUGGGAUUCGUUUGACGCCGAUAAAAGAUACUCUGCCACCAACUCCGACAACUCGUGUGUCAGUCGACUCGAAAACACAGAAAAUUACAGUCGACGGAAAUUUUGUUACUGAGCAGGAGAAAUCGCCUGGUAGUUUGUAUAAACCUGUCAGUCAACUUUCUCCAUCUUCAAUGGAGCAGCGGAAGCGUUUGAGUGAAUCUCCCACUAAUAAAUCGGAAACAGGCGUUUCUCGGCCAGCGGGAUUCGAAUCUGAGGAGAGAGAACUGUCGGAAAUGUACUUGCGGCUGCUGAACAGCCGAGCCCUCCCUGUGUACGAGCCUCCAGCCCCGCAACCAUUCGCUUUCCGCAUGCUGUCAUGCGUCGAUUGCCAAGACAAAUUCACACAAAAGUCGAGCCUUGACUUACACCGGGCACGACGGAGCAUGCUGAUCACCUACUGGUGCGGAGUCUGCCAACGCCGGCUGAGCUACUUCAAUCGCUGCGCGCUGCUCACCCAUCUGCGCACGCACAACCACAAACUCUCCUCACUCGAUCCAACCGGCAUCACCAUCCAACCGCUACCCAGCAACCUCAUACAACUCUCAAACCCCUCCGUCAAGCCGUUACCCGCGCAGAAGACUGGCAACCCUUCACGCCCCAUUCAGACUAAUUCUGUGGCCACUGAUGUCAACGAUCUUCAAUCAGGAGUGACUAGAAUACAGGUUGAUAGAGUGCUGGAAAGUGUAGAUAAAACUGUACCUGCUGCUCCCAAAAACGUUGUAACUGUAGCUUUACAAAGAGGCAAACCUGCUACUGUUGUAAAGGAUGUCACUAAUGUUGGAAAACCUGUACCUGUCAAUGGUUUACUACCGAAAGAUGCCACUGAUUCGCCUACAACUACUUUAUUGUCGCCUGCAAUGACGAGUCCUAAUCAUGAUAAUAAAGACGUUAAAAGUGCAAAAUUGGUGAAGCAUAAACCUUACCAACGGAUCAAAACAUGUCCUGAAUGUAAAUUGAGCUUUGGCAUCAGUACAACAUUGCAGGAUCAUUUGCUGGGUGAAAAUCGUCCGCUUCGUCCUGAACUGCAAUGUAACGCGUGCAGUUUGGUCCUGCCAACUAGUUGUUCGCUACGCAUGCACCUCAGAAUCCACAUUCCAAUCAAACCGCACCGCUGUCCGGAGUGUGGUGUCGAGUACGAGAACUAUGAUCGGUUCAUGAAGCACAUCAAGUUCGAGUGCUGUCACCAAGCACGGGUCGUCAAGUUCAUGUGCACACUGUGUGGUGUCCCGGAAACGACGUUGAGUCGGCUGCGGGUGCACGUUCUCGACUUCCACACUCGGCGAGUGUUCAAGUGCAGCAAUUGCUCGAUUGCUUUCCUCAGCAAAAACCCGAUGGCCCAGCACUACAAGGAUGUGCAUCCAGGCAUCACCGCCUCCGCCAUACUCUUUUCACAGUGCAAGUUCUGUCCAGAUAAAAUGAUACCUCAGAAAAGGUUUCCCACUCAUGUUGCAAGACAUUUAAUGUAUGGAAAGUUUAAAGUGUACAUGUAUGAGUGCUAUGGAUGUGAAGAGUAUUUCAAAGUGAAGAAGGAUUUGAUUGAUCACUUUGAGACUUGUGUAGUUAAGGAGAAAGAUGUUAAUAAAAAUAACAUUGAUACUAAGAAAGGUAGCAUUACUGUUAGAAGAAGUAGUUCGGGAGCGGCUAAGAGCGACAGUAAUAUUGCUGAAGUAGUAGUUGAAUCUCCGCGACCAGAUCAAGGUAAAAGAAGCAGUUUGGAAAAUAUUUAUGCAGAAGUGGUAGUUGAAUCAUCACCGCAAGAUGAAGUUGAGUUGAUAGUGCCGGAAGUGGAAGUGUGCGCUCGGGACCCGUUGAGCCUGGAUGACUUUGAGAUGGAAGAGCAGCCGGUGAGUGAGCGUUUGUGUGUGUUGUGCAAGAAGGCGAUGCAGCCAGGUGACAGUGAGUCGCUCUGCUGUAGUGACUGCGUGCAGCCGUGCAGUGACAAUGACCUGAAGCCCCGACAGGGAGCCAUGACUACGCGCCGGAGAACUAAGCUGCAGACCAUCUACUCGUGCAAACUAUGUAGCUAUCAGUCUGUCGUCAGCUUCGAUGCGCUGCUCAGGCAUUUCAGGGUUAAUCACAAGGGUGUGUCCGAGGCCAACAUGAAGCAUAUGAUAGCUAUUGAGAUGAAAAAUGUGUUUCACAGUGUGAGGUCCAAGACUGUGACUACAGCUGAAUCGAUAAAGGACAAAUAUUUGAAGAAGAAAAAGAACAAUGCUGUGGACAAUUCAAUCCAAGUGAAAGAGGAGAUUGAUGCUGAUGAUGAGGAUAGUAAGGAUAAGGUGUUUGUGAAGAAGUCGCCAGGGAAGGUGAAGGGGAAGGGGGUGCCAUGUGAGCUUGCGCAGUUCGACAGAGGCCUGGUGAUUGCAGCCGCUCAACCGACAGCCGGCGAGCUCAACUGCGCCAAGUGCAGUUUCGUGGCCGCGUGCAUGUCAGAGAUGCGCGCGCAUGUUCCAGUCCACCGCACCGACCCCUCCGCCCCCCAAUGUCUCGACUGUGGCGAGUGUUUUGUUGUGCUCCCCUCACUUGAGAAACACCUAGCUAUCCGCCAUCACAUCGGCGACGUUGCCAAAUACAUGGCUGACAACCCUGGGUGUCUACCCCCUCCUUCACCACCAUCACCACCACCUCCGCCGUCUCCCCCCACCACUGUUGCAGUCGACCCGCUCAAGUGCAGCGUUUGCCUCACCUCGUUCGAGUCGCAGCAUGCACUCGACAAGCACUUCCGCAUCCACGGUAUGGCCUUUCUCAAACAAACCAAACCUAUUUCCUGAGGAAUGGUUCGCUCCUUUUAGGACUCUAUAAGACUGUAACUGUAACCAUAUUCAAUUAAGUGGGAUUUGAAGUUUUAUAAAUAAAAUAUACAUAUAGCUGAAUUUGAAGAUAAAUUACUGUUAAGGUGCGUUUCAGUUUCAGCUGAAACUGUCAGGGUGCGUACAUAUUUGAGCUCCACGAACACGCACAUUUCACUUAAAUUGAGAUUAAAAUUAUUUGAGACUAAAAUUAUUAGAUUAAAAUGUAACGCGUUUUCAUGCAUCCGGGCAGAGACGCAUAUUAUAUUUCUUUCAAUUCUAUCAUUUACACACAAAAGAUUCUCUACAAAUAUACAAAUGAAUACAUGCAAAACAAUAACAACAAGUUUGGUUAUUAACAACAAUAACAAAUCAAGAACUGUGGUGCAAAAAAAAGAAUAAUUAUUGAAGGGUUUUCCAACUACAGUUAUUCAUGUUCUAGAAACACCUUCAAUCCUUGAGAGGGUAAAAAAGGUAUCAGAAAAAGUGAAUAGAAGGGAGGUAUGAAAGGAUGAGAUAAAGAAUAUCUGUACGAUUACAGAUAUAAUCAGCUGAUGGAAAGUGAAAUGCGCGUGUUCAUGGCGCUCAAAUCUGUACGCAGCUCAACUCAAACGUGUAUUAGCUAUAGUAACGUGUAGCUACAUUAAAAAUUGUAUAGUCAUCUACAGUCCUGAUUCAAAAACUGAACCUUGAAUAGUGUGUCAAUCAUAGAGCAUGAAAUUUCAAGAUAUAUCUUACUUAUUCGUGCGUCAUCAUUUUCAGUGUUAGUUAUGAAUACUAGAGUGGCAUUUCAAUUUCUAGAGAUCUCAUACUUAUUUGUUCAUAAUCAUAAUAGUUUUUUUUAGAGUCAGUUAUGAAUACUCAAGUGGUAUUUCAAUUUGAUUUGAUCAUCGGAUAGACUUUAAUCAUGUUCAAAUGCCUUGACCAAGGUUGGUGAAACCGGGCAUUAGUCAACAAAAUACAUGAAAUGCAACCACAGAGAUGUUGAACAAAUCUUAUAGUGGUUGGUAUACAAAAGCAUAAAUUAAAAUUACUAGUAAAAUUAAAUUGAUCAACGAUAUACAUUUCCCUACAUAAUAUUAAAGAUCAAUUAUAUAUUGUAAGUGUAAUACCUACCUACUACGUACCUGAAGUGCCAUCUUCAAUUCAUCUCCAAUAAUAAUUAUGCUACGCUUUCAGUCAAGUUGUCAUCCCACUAUUAAAUAAUAUUAUCUUUUAUGUUAUAAUUUGAGCUGUUCAACAUAUCAAUGUGUAAUAUAUAUAUCAAACUUGAGAUCAUUGAGAUUUCUGUGUAAUGUGUUGUGGACAGUACUUGAUUAUUUCCAAAUCUUAAUGUGCAGAUGUAUUUAUUUUGUAAUUAAGAAAAUUUAUUAACCUGUAAUUGAGGGAAAUAAUUGUUUGUAAUUAAGGGAAAUCAUUUUUUGUAAUCAAGGGAAUGUAUGAACUUGAAUCGUUGUCAAUUGGUUCACACAUGACGCGGCACUUGAUGCAAAACACUUCCAUGGCAACAUGCUGCGUCACAUUUUGUGUGCACCCGCCUUAUAUUGAAUAGAACAUACAUUAUCAGUAAUUAUUAUGAUUAUUAACACCUCAUGUUUAUGCGUUCUAAUGAAAUAUUGAAUUCAUUGCCUCUAUUCAGGACCUCCUAUAGCCUACUAGUAUAUAGGAAGUCCUGCUCUAUUAUUAUGUUUUAAUUUCAUUCGAAUUCAAAAAACCUGUUAACAUUAUUUACAUUCUUAUUCAUGAGCUACGGUACCUACCUAAUACAUUAUCCAUUAUUUUUAAUUUUAUAUCAACAUUAUUUUGUGUUCAUAGUCAGAAAAUUUGUGUUCAUAGUCAUUUUCUCUUUAAAUGUUUAAUAUUGACUUUAUCCAGCUCAAUUUUAUUAGUUGAGAAUUAUGCAUAAAUUCAUAAAAGUCUGGUGAUAAAAUUUAUUAUUUUAAUAUUACUUUGCCACAAUUUUUUCUGAAUAUCUGAUAUUAUUAUGAUUAUACAGUUCAGGUUUUCAUUCAUUAUCACAAGUCUACCUAGAGGAUGACUGUUCAAUGACUCAAUCAGUUGACGCCUGAAAUACCGUAUUUUUUUAUCUCGAAUAUUGUUAUUUCCAUUUUACACUUAUACUUUAACUUGUAUUUAUAUUAUACAUUUUUCUAUAUGUGAUCAGUUUGUAAAUAUUCCUUUUAAUUCCAUUCUUUUCCAAAACAUUAUAGUUACUUCUCAGGCUACCACUUCACAAUUCAAUUCAAUUCUUUAUUGCCAGAAUUUAACAAUGCAACAAAUCAAAGUUAAUAAAUCAACACUUAUUACAAGAAAAAAUAUUAUAAAGAGAACCGUAAUUUCGGAAUAUUUUAUUUUCAAAAAACUUACCUAAUUUUUUAUGCAUCGGAACAGAGAGCGCUUGGUUAGGUCUACAUUCAACAAGGUCUAUAAAUACCGUAUAAGGUUUCUAUAGACCUUGACAUAUUUAAGUCUUUUGACUUGACCUUCAGGCCUACAUUGAAUUCUUUCUCACAAUACAAGCGCCGAUAAAAGACGGUUGGUUGAGCUCUGUAACCUGCCUGUACUCUGAAGAUGGUAGCUUAUUAGUGCCCUGUUGUGCUUCCGGGAACAUAAUAAUUAUAAAAGUGUUUACAUUGAUAUAUUUGAUAAGAAUGUUCAAAGAAAUAUAAGAUAAGAAAAAUCAUCAUUCAUCUUCUGUUGAUAUCAAAAUAUAGGCUAUAAGUUGCAACUUCAUUUUGAUAAAUUUAUAUUGUAUUGUAUGUAAAUAAAUAUUGAUUUUAUCUUUAAAUUGAUGUAUUCUGUGGUGAGUCUACAAUCUACAUUUUAACUUUGUGUAUCUAUAUUGUAACUCAACUAUGAAAUAAUACGUAAAACAAUAUGAUAUAGAUAGUAUAUUUUUAAAAAAGUCUAGCACCUCCUCUCAUACUAUAAUCAAUGUACCUAGAAUACAUGUAUUCUAGCUAUAAAUUAGUACUAUAAACUUUGUACUUAUUUGUAAAUACAGUAUACGAGUAAUAAUUGAAGAAUACAGUUAUGUUUUUCUAAA